CCAGGCCACAGAGAAAGCUGAGACGUGCAAUGGCGAUGGUUGCCUCCCCCAACUGCCGUAUGCUUCCAUUUUCAGUGGUUCAACGCCAAAAACCUAAUUUCAGUUCCCUCCAGUUUCCCCGCAAAGCUCAAAUACAAGGCUCUACUGCAAGAUACUGGUGCGUAAGAUUCGCUACAGCCGAGGAUCAAAACAGUCCUCAGCCUCAAGAUGAGGAAGGGGAUAGCUUAGGAGUGAAAGCUGCGUUGUCUCUGUUGCAAUUCUACAAGAGAGAAAUCUCGCCGCUGAUGCCUAAGAGUUGUCGGUAUAUUCCAACGUGUAGUGAGUACUCAAUGGAAGCUUACAAGAAAUAUGGAGUUGUAAAAGGCACCGUCCUGACUGCGUGGCGUCUCUGCCGUUGCAAUCCUCUUGGUGGGUCUGGAUUCGACCCUCCUCGGUGGUAUGAUGAGACAAGACCAACUGAAGAAUGAGACUGUUGAUUUCAUGGUUUCUGAACACUGGUAUCUUUUGAGAGGUAAUACCAUCCAGAAAAAUGAUUCGAUAAAUGUGGAUAAAUGUGUGAACUUUAGUUGAAAUUUUGCUGGAAUAUCAUAGUCUAGCAGCCUCAAUGAGAGUUUAACAUAACCAAUGUGCAUAAAAAUGUAAAUGCUAUUGUUUUUCUAAUAAUUUCUAUUUUGAUAUUAUUCGCUAUUAUUGUCAUGAAAUUGUUACGAGACGCAGUCUGCUUCGAUUGUAGUGGUUGUGGGGCUAUUAAACAGAUCUGCUUAUUAGUUGUCUCCCA